UCGUUGUCCCACUCUGCAGCGAGUUGUUAUCAUAUUUAAACUCCGUGAAAUGUGUGAUAAAAAUCAUAGUUUCGUGAAUUAAAAAUAUUCAAAGUUAUUUUUUCAGCCAAAGGAGCAGCAAAAGCUCACAAUAAUAUUAAGAAAAUAUGUUUGGUUUUGUAUCAUGCAGUCCGUUUGUUUACAUUUACCGACGGCAAAGCGCGGUGUGUUGACAGUUGCUGUGACCUUGUCAAGAUUCAUGCAAGAAAAGGUUUGCGUCAGUGCAGGGGUUUCGAUCAGAUUGCGACACGGUUCUCGACUUACGCGGAUUCGGAGAUACGCGGUUUUAUAAAUUUGACAGAUUAAAUGUCAAAUAAAUACAAUUUGCUUCAAGAUCGGUAUAAAUUACAUUUUUGCUAACAAAUUGAAACCGCUUAAAUGCCAGAAAUAUUAGAAUUUUCUGCACGAAUGUUAACAAAUAAAUGAUGAAGUAUAUAAAAGUACUACAUUAAAUCAAAAACUCGGAGUAAUCAAUAGAAUUUUAGUCAAAAAACGUGAAAUUCGAUAUUCGCGGAUAUUCGAGUUAGAGCCUUUCUACAUACAGCGAGAAUGCUGCUGAGAAAAUAACUGACAGCAUGCUUUGACAGCGACUGACAGCAUUUUCGGUGAGAGAAUUCUCCUCGGCAUGCAAAGAACGAUGGAGCUGAGAAAAAUUGAAUUGGCAGUUUAUAGCGAUCGAUCAAUUAUAGUUUGCAUUUUGCCGUCUAAUAAUCGUAGAUAUAUUAUUAAAAAGUAAAAGAAAUUUUUUUGGCUUCAUUUUAGCGAUUGAAAUGGAUUUUUUCAACAUCAUUUUAAAAGUCUCAUCUCGGCGCUUUUCAGAGAGCUUCUACACACACCAGCGUGAGAAACCGGUUGUCAAUUCUCUCACAGCCAUCUCUCAGCUGCAGUCUCGGUGUAUGUAGAAACGCUCUCACGCGAAAAAGUAUUCCGUGCAUGAGGGAUAAACUGACAACCCUGUAAUUUACACAUUUGCACAAAUGAUCUUUUGGGUUUACAUGUGUUCUUUCUAUUUCCUUCUAGUAUGAGUAAGAUCGAUUGAUUUUGGUCUAACUGUUAAAAAAUAGCAAUAAUUAACGCAAUAAGGCAUUUCCUCCCUUAUAAAAAAGUAUUUUAUCUAUCAUUCGAAAAGCAUCACCUCAUCCAUAUACACAUACACACACACUCACACACACCUACACACAUGACACACUGGCCAAACAACAACAUGUCACAGGCCGUCAGUGACAGCAGCAGCAGCAGCAGCACAAAAAACCCCUUCAUCUUGGCUGUGUGUGCGCGGAGAGUGAUACCAGCGAAACUGCUUACGUCAUAAAAGCAAUCGAAACACGAAAGUAUUACUCGGUCGGCAGCAGGGAAGCCAGUCCGCGGCGGUGCACCAGUACGCGAGCAAAUCGUUUCCUCCGGCGGGGAAGAAGAACAAGCCAGCCAACGGGCCAACUCGUCACCGAACGGGAAGCUGCACCGAGCCCUGCACAGCGGGAGGGAAAAUCGCCUCGCCUUUUGUGUACCCUGCACACACACACACACGCGCGCGCGCCUCCGAUGAUCGCAAACGCGGUGAAAAGCGCAUCCGGAUAGAGGGAGACAGAGAGGGGUCAUUGUCGCUAGACCGAGCAGGCCAAAACUGGGCCAAACGCCCCCCCCCCCCCCCCCCCCACUGUCUAAGUCGAUUGCACCUGGUGGCCCUACCGCCUUCCUCACUCUACUUCCUGGCCACCCAAACCUCACUUUUCUUACCGACCACAUCCACAGGGCGAAAGAGAGCGAGAGCACACACCGUUGAAUGUCUGUGCGUUUGUGCGUGUGAAAAACAAAAACAACAACCAAUCGCAUUUUCCGUUCCUCCGCUUUCCUAGACAAGGGUCGUUUCCACCACCCCUCGGCAGACACAAACAAAGGAGCCGCACAAACACACAUACCACACCCUCCUCCCCACCACAGAAAGGAAAAGCGCUGCAAACGAUGGGCGAACCGGAGUACGAGAGCGUGGUGCUGGUGAAGCAGGAGGUGUUUGUGUACAAAAUUCCGCCGCGCCAGAGCAACCGGAGCUACCGGGCGGCCGACUGGAACCUGCUCGACCCGAUCUGGACCGGGCGGCUGCGGAUGGUGGCCAAGGGCCGGUCGCUGUGCGUGAAGCUGGAGGACAAGACGAACGGCACGCUGUUCGCGAACUGCCCGAUCGAGAGCUACCCGGGCGUGGCGAUCGAGGCCGUGUCCGACAGCUCCCGGUACUUCGUGCUGCGCAUCCAGGACGGCAACGGGCGGACCGCGUUCAUCGGGCUCGGGUUCGGCGACCGGUCCGACUCGUUCGACAUGAACGUCGCGCUGCAGGACCACUUCAAGUGGGUGAAGAACGAGGAAAAGAUCGAGAAGGAAAAGGUGGAACCGAAGCAGCAGCUCGAUCUCGGCUUCAAGGAGGGCGAAACGAUCAAGAUCAACAUGAAGAUUACGAAAAAGGACGGCUCAGAGGCCUCGUCCCGACUGACCGGGAAGAAAACGGGCGCGGGCGGUUUGCUACCGCCGCCACCGGGCGGCAACAAGAUCAGCCCACCCCAGGCGAGCUCACCUUCGCAUCUGCCCGCCGCAUCAUCGACGGCGGCCGGCGGCCAGACCGAGUGGGGCGAAUUCACUUCCGCUGGGGUGCAAAGCACAACGGCAGAUGCUGCGGCCGCAACACCGAGCAAAACCAACGCCAACUGGGUACAGUUUUAGGAAGGUGGGCGUACUCUGGGCGAGGGCGGUUGGACCAGCGAGAUUUACGCGGGGGUAUGGGCAAAACAUUGCAACCACUGAAAAAGCUAAAAUGGUUUGUCCCCGGUAAGUAGUGGAGGAUGAUGAUCAGCUGCGACUGGCGGCUGUAAAAACGGAGGGGGAAAAAAGAGAGCAGAAACGGUUCGUUGCAAAAGUAUGUAAAACGGUGCAACACUGUACUUUAAGUCGGAACUUGGCUAGACGAUAGUAUGAUAUCGAACGUGCGUGAUCUUUAAGUUUAAAAAUCUAGAACCACACACUCACACUCUCACACACACACACACACACACACACACUUUAAUAGAAACGGAUAAGCAUUAAUACACCAUGAACAUCAGUGAGCGGACAAGGAUGGAAAACACUCAACGAGCGCAACAAAAAAAAACGUGGAACACAGAAACCAAUCACACACAUACACACACACAUAGACCCGUGCGAUUAGAAUAGAAUGACGUAGCAGAAUAAUAGUACGCGGGGAUGGCGCGCGCAUUAGGGCUGGGGAGCCAUAUUGUAGGAAUUCACGCAUUGAUCGCGCACGUGUGUGGUGCUGAUGUCCUGAUGUGUGUGUGUGUUUAUUUUCUUGUAGCAGGAAAAGUAGCGGAAAAUUCGCUCCCGCGUACCAUUAACACAGACACACGCGCGUAUUGUUCUCAGCAUAUAUAUAUAUAUAAUAUAUACAUAUAUACACAACCACACGCAUAUACAUAUACAUAUAUAUAUUACUGGAAAACGCUUAUGUAUGUAUGUAUGGGGCUGAAGGCGCGUGUGAGCUCUAUAGUCGUGCAUGUGUCGCUAGCUGCAUAUGUAUAUACCACAUAUACACACGUAACCCCUAACAAGAGAGAUACAAAAAAAAAACUAUAUAUGUGAAUGGGUAUAUAUAUAAACAUAGGAAAUAAUAGAAUUGUUUAAAAUUGAACUUUACGUUAGGGGAGACACAAGAGAAACCCUCGAAGCAACGGAGCCGUUACUAGGAAAAGGCGCCCUUUAGGCAAACGGUAGGAAGCUCUGCAGCAGUGGGGCAGAGAAGGCGAAGAAGCGGGAAAGAAGAUGAGAUGACACACACGGUUGAAGCGCUAGCUAUAUUAUACAGGUGUAGUAGAAAUUUUGGACAGGACGAAUGAGAAAGGAGAAAAAGCAAGAGAAAAACUCAGAUUUACAUACCUAUUGUUGCUAUUGAGAUACACAAAAAAAAAAACAAAUACUAUCUCCCAUAACCCACUCGUUCCUUCUCCAUAAAUCCCUUCUUGCCCCUACCCCCUUCCCUUCGCGUAGCGAAAGCUGGCAAGUAUAUAUGUUAUCUAAUAUUGUAGUGCGCAAAAAAAAGAUUAGUAACGAGGGCAAAGAGAGAGAGAGAGAGAGAGAGAGAGAGAGAGAGAGAGAGAGA